AUGGCAGGCGAGGGUGUCACGGCCAUGAUCGUGGCUGCUGACGCCGGCGACAACCCGCUGGCGGACCGCCGCGAGGACCGGAAGGCGGCGGCAGAGCGGGAGAGGAAGGCCAAGGUGGCGAAGGUCGCCUCGCAGGCGACGAACGCGAUGGCGGCAGUGCGGGCGCAGCUCGAUUUGCGGGAGAAGGGGGCAGCAGACAAGGCGGCGAACAAAGCCAACGACGACGCGGGGGCGCCGGUGAGGGCGUCGUCUACGAUGCUCGAACGAGUGUUCGCUGCCCGCCUCGACGGUCCGGACAAAUACGUUGUGGCUCGACGAAAGGAGCGAAAGACGGCUGCCGGGGCUGGCACUGCUGCCGAUUUGGCGGCGGGUUUGGAGAAGAUGACGGACUCCGUCGUCAAGAUGGCGAGGAGAGACGGCGCCGACGGCAACACGGUGACUGCGGAGCACAAGGCGCUGCUGGAUGACGUGGCGGUGGAGCAGGGUCGCAAGGCGAUUGUGGCGAGGGCGGCAUCAAUACCAAACAACUCCAACACUCACACGUCAUUUGGGGCCUGGAGCCCUUAUCACGCGCGCGCGAGACGUGCAGACAGGGUUGCCAGCUAUGUCUACGCCGUGCCGGGCGACAUCGAGUGCACGUCCGCAACGGAGAAGCAGUGCAACGCGCUCGGCUCGGCGGCGCUGCUGUGGGAGCGCCUCCGCUUCCUCAACUACCUCCCGUCCAAGACCGACCAGGGUAUCCCCGUCAACUCCACGUACACCAUGCCGUUCCCAGAUGGCGCCUACGUGCCGACCGCGGACAAUCCGGGACCCGGCGCUUGGGAGUCGCUCGUGUACGUCAAGGAGGACUACCACCACGGCCCCGUCAACGGCAACCGCGGCGGCUCGUACCUCACCAUGCUCUCCGAGGGCGGCCUCAGCUUCGGCGUCGUCAACAUCGUCGGCAACUUCGGCACCGUCUUCGUCGACCAGUCCUACUGGCAGUCCGCCAUCGCCGCGCGCCCCUCGUCUGCGCACCGCGGCUACCUGCUCGGAGGCCUCGUCUGGUUCACCAUCCCCAUGUCGCUCGCCACCGCGCUCGGCCUCUCGUCGCUCGCGCUCAACGUCAAGAUGCCCGCGGCAGAGGCCGGCGCCGGCCUCGCGCCACCCGCGGCCGCCAUCGCCAUCACCUCGACCGGCUCCGCCGAGUGCAUCGCCGUCGCCUCCCUCUUCGCGUACGACAUCUACCGCAAGUACAUCAAGCCCGACUGCACCGGCGCCGAGCUCCUCAAGGUCUCGCGCCUCGUCGUCGUCGGCUACGGCAUCGUCUGCGGCCUCUUCGGCUACUUCCUCUACGGCGUGGGCGUCGGCCUCGGCUGGGUGUACUGCUUCAUGGGCAACCCCGCCGUGCCACCCCUCCGCCGGACCCGCCCUCUCGCCCCUUUGACCCGCGGUUUAUGCCCCCCCCCCCCCACAGGCACCAUGAUCGGCUCCGCCGUCAUCCCCGUCUCGUGCUGCCUCUGCACGCGCUACAUGACUGCCAACGGCGCCAUGGCGGGCGCCUGGCUCGGCCAGAUCCUCGCCCUCGUCUCGUGGAUGGCGGUCGCCGCCUCGCGCUGCACCGACGGCUCCGACCCCGACGAUUUCGUUGCGUCGGACGACUACCCGACGUGCGAGACGGGCUCGCUCGACGUGAACACCCUCGGCAACAUCAACGCGCAAACCACCGGCUCCAUCGUCGCGCUCUGCGUCUCGGGCAUCAUCGCCUUCGUCGUCGCGGCCAUCGAGUACAAGUCGGGCAAGGAAACGCCCUUCGAGUGGGAGACGAUGCGCGAGGGCAUCAAGCGCGUCGAGCAGGCGCCCCGCACACCCCUCUCUUCCGUUCGCUUCCCGCCGACGCCCGUCAAGGACGAGCUGCCCGAGUUCGAGAUGACCGCUGAGUACCUCGACCCGGCCGCAAAGUACGUCUUCAAGUAUGGCGUUGGCUACUCGGUCUUCCUCAUCUUCGUCUGGCCGCUCGCCGUCAUCGCGUGGGGCGUCUUCGACAAGGCCAACUACACGCUCUGGGCCUCGGUCGCCUACUGCUGGGGCUACAUCGGCUCGCUCGUCAUCGUCGUGCUGCCCGUCUACGAGUCGUGGGGCUCGCUCUCGAAUGUGCUGACCUGCACCAAGCCUGCGCCGGAGGCCAAGGAGUGAAGCGUCGGCCAAUAUUCGCUACGCGCCCCCCCCCGGCGCCCGCAAGCGGGGCGGCGUGCCUUGCCCCCCUGGGCGCGCUGCCUGGAGCUGUGUGGGGGGUGUGUGUUGCGUGCGGGGGUAUGGCUGGGCGCCUGUGCGACGCGCCGGAGCGCCCACUGGCCCAGCGCAAGCGGGGUCGUGUGUACAGUUGGAAGCUGCGGGACGUGAGAUGUGUUGUACACUUUGCUGGCAUAAAACUCUGUGAACACCCA